AACGAACACGAGUCGAAGGAAUUUCCUCAAAAGCCUUUUUCUCGCUUGCUCAUCGUCUACCCGACGCCGUCGAACGCCGCCGACCGCCGUCCGUGGGCUUUUCGCGGAGAACGGGAGCCGGAGGAAUUUCCUCGAAAGCUUUUUUCUCGCUUUCUCAUCAUCUUCCCGAUGUCGCCGAACGCCGCCGACCGCCGCCCGUAGGCUUUCGUCCGCCGCCGCCGCCGCCGCCGCUCGACUCUCUCGUGUUCGCUUUCUGUUCGUUCUCGGUGACGGUACCGACGAACGAGAAAAAAAAGCCGUACACGAAGCAAUCUUAAUUUAUUCAUUUUCGGAUGGAAGCAAUUGAAUAAAAUAAUAAAUUUAUAAAAAGUGAAAAAAUAAAUAUAUAAAAAAAGAAGAGAGGAAAUCCGUAUCAUGGUCUGGUGAAACUGCGCAGUACCAGGUAACGGUCGCUCCGCUUCGCUUCCAUGGCGUCGAGCUCCGACCCUUCGAGAUCCCCCGGCGACGAUGACUUCUCGGCGUCUCGCUUCAGGAAAACAGUUUGUCUCUACGAUUGGUGGUUGACCCAAGCUGCUGCGGAUGGUUCUCCGGAGAAAACGCUGGCUGUUUCUGGCUUCGCUUCGCCCAAGCAACAAUCUGUUCAGCAAGUGGUUCGGGUGUUCAAAUCGGCUCCGAUCACCAAAAGAUAUGAUUUUUCAACUCUUGAAACAGCCGAUGGUGUUUGUGUUGUGGUGUCUGGAUUGAUAAAUAAGUCGCGCACUACAGAAAGUGGCUUCUCAUCUGAGAUUUUCAAGCAUUUUGUGUUUGGAUUUCCUCUUCAUUGGGAAGAUUGUGCUUCAAAAUGCUUGGAGAAAGAAGCGAAGAUAGUUACGACACCGGGAAAGGAAUCAUUUGAUUUAUCAACAUCGAGAGGUGGGAAUAGAAAAAGUGAAAUACGUGAAGAUAACUCGAUUAGGAAUGCACCUAUUGUUACCAUCAAAAGAGUUACCAGAUCGGGAAGCAAAACUUCUGCUUUAUCAGGUUCAAGAGACUAUUGUGGCCCGGAUCAAAGAAGUUCAGACAAAUGCAAGAGGGAUACUAAUGAAAAUAAGCAUGAUGCACAGCUUCAGGAUGAUUUUUCUACUGAAAAUGCUAAAAGUGACCUCACUAGUAUGGACCCAGAUUUUCCUAAUAUGGAAGUUGAAGGAACACGAGAAAAUCAUCUAUCCACAGCUGUGGAUGAGUCUAAACUGUACUCUCCUCAAAAGACAGGUGGGAAGAGAAUAGGUAAAGUAGAUGAAGAUAACUCAUUGAGGAAUGCAACUAUUGUUACAAGCAGAAGAGUUACUAGAUCGGGAAGCAAAUCUUUUGCUUUAUCAAGUUCAAGAGACAGCUCUGGCCUGGAUCGAAGAAGUUCAAGAAAAUACGAGAGGGAUGCUACUGAAAAUAAGCAUGAUGCACAAGCUCCAAAUGAUUUUUCUCCUCAAAAUACCAAAAGUCGCCUUGCUAUGAUGGACCCAAAUCUUCUUGGUGCUGAAGUAGAAGGAACACAAGAUAGUCGUCUUUCUGCAGCUGUUGAUGAGUCUAAAGUGUACUCUCCUCAAAAGACAGGUGGGAAGGGAAAAGGCAAUGUUAAUAAAAAUAAUUUUUGUGGGGAACCAACUGUGUUUAAAACUCCUACAGGCUCCCAAGGAAGUUCCCUCACAUCUCCAGAUUCUUUCAAACGUUCUAGAUCUGGAAGAAUACUUUUGCCCAGGUUAGAAUUCUGGCGAAACCAAGUGGCAGUUUAUGCACAGGACCGUGGAGUCGCUGGAGUCCUAGAAGGCCCGAGUUUGAUUUCAGAUGAUGGUUCGACAAAUUCAUCUGGAUUAGAGAUUGAGCCUGCAUCGGUGUAAGCAAUUCUUGGAUGAAAGUCAACUUAGUUCUUUUGCCAUGAUUUUGCAGAUUAGAACGUGCCUAAGCAGGUGGAGUUCUUUUCGAUUUCUCGAUGCUUGUGAGCAAGCUGUAUAUAUUACAUACCAUGACAGCUUUUCUUCAAGUUUGAUGCACUAACCAAACCGGUAACGCCGUCGUUUGGGGCUUUCUUCUAAACAAUGUUGUCUUUUGAGUCAAUACUGAUGCAGAGAAUCAAACCUCUGUGCUAUGAUUUGUUUGGC